UUGUGCGAACAUUUUUCAUCUGAUCAGAUUAUUCUUACUGAUACGAUCUCAAGUUUUGGAAAUGUUUCAAUUUAUUAAAUUGGUUUCGUAAAUUGUAAACAACUUAAUUUCAGCUUAAAAGUAUUAAUAAUCUUUUUGGAACGCUCGGAAUGGGAUUACUCAUGAAAAAAAUGCUGGUAGAAAAAUGAGGUUAUGUGUGAUAAUUUCUCGAUACUUUAAUGCUCCCAAAUCGCCUCGACCAUUAAAUUCCUCAUGUAAGAAUGCUCUAGAUAACGAUAAAAUUAAUUGAUAAUUAUUGUUUCGUUCUAAAAUCUGCUUAUCUCCAAGUGAGACUCUUAUUAUGCUAAUGUAUUUGCAGUUCGCACAGAUGAAAGAAAAUUUGUGUUUCUGAUUAGCGUAAUUGUUAUGUGAUAAAUAAAUACGAAUAGCUGUUUACUCGGUGUUGUAUUUAAUGAAAAGUUUACAAUAAACAAUGAUAAAACCAAUAGGAGUCAGUGCCUAACCAGCCAGUUGUUCACCAGCCUCCAAACUGAAAUAAAUGCAUGAAAGAUGAAAUUUGCUGAACAUCUUUCAGCUCACAUCACUCCAGAAUGGAGGAAACAAUACAUCAAUUACGAGGAAAUGAAAGCGAUGCUUUAUAUGGCUGUGGAGGAAGCCCCCUCGUCCGAAAGCGUCGAACCGGAAGUGCUAACUCGUCACUUUGCAAAUUUCGAUGAACAAUUCUUCCACUAUAGUGACAAAGAACUGAAAAAAAUCAAUACUUUUUAUUCAGAGAAACUCGCAGAAGCCACUCGGAAAUUUGCAAAUUUAAAUAAUGAAUUGCGAGUGUCUCUGGACCACAUCAGACAGGGUAAAAGAAAAGACACCGAGAUGACCAAAAAGCACAUCCCGGCGAGGAAACUCCAAGAACUCAAACUCGCCUUCAGUGAAUUUUAUUUAAGUCUGAUUCUGUUGCAAAACUACCAAACUUUGAACCACACCGGUUUCCGGAAAAUCCUCAAGAAGCACGACAAGUUACUCAACACCGACGUGGGGGCGAAAUGGCGCGAGGAACACGUCGAAACGUCCCACUUUUUCACCAACCGAGACAUCGACAAGCUCAUCAACGACACCGAAAACAUGGUUACAAACGAGCUCGAAGGGGGCGACCGCCAGAAGGCCAUGAAACGGCUCCGUGUGCCCCCGCUCGGCGAGCAGCAGUCACCGUGGACCACCUUCAAAGUGGGGCUCUUUUCAGGCUCCUUCAUCGUGCUUCUAAUCGCUGUAGUCCUCUCGGCCAUCUUCCACGACGGCGCUAGCGAGAAUCUGAAAAUAGCAUUCCGACUGUACCGAGGCCCCCUUUUAAUUGUCGAAUUUGUGUUUCUAAUAGGGGUCAAUGUGUACGGGUGGAGGUCCUCGGGGGUCAACCAUGUGCUAAUCUUCGAGUUGGACCCCCGAAAUCACCUAUCCGAGCAACAUUUGAUGGAAAUGGCGGCUAUUUUUGGGGUCGUGUGGACCUUGAGUUUGCUCAGUUUUCUCUACAGUUCCAGUUUGAGUAUUCCUCCGUAUGUGAACCCCCUGGCUUUGACUGUAAUCAUGGUGCUUUUUGUGCUCAAUCCGUUGAAAGUGUUCAGACACGAUGCCCGGUUUUGGUUUGUGAGGAUUUGUGGCCGCAUGUUUGGUGCCCCCUUCUUCCAUGUGGGCUUCGCCGAUUUCUGGCUCGCCGAUCAACUCAAUAGUCUCGCCAACGCACUCUUAGAUUUCCAGUUUUUGAUCUGUUUCUACUAUACGCAUGGCGAUGACUGGGCGGAAGCUGGAGAUACGGCCGAAUGUAUGGAAAGAAAUUACAUAAUCCGUCCUAUUGUGAAUUGUAUCCCGGCUUGGAUACGUCUUGCUCAGUGCCUUCGUCGGUAUUAUGACACGAAAGAAGCCUUCCCUCAUUUAGUAAACGCCGGAAAAUACUCAACAACGUUUUUUGUCGUCAUUUUUUCAACACUGCGAUCAGUUUAUAAGAGUGAUUACCCCGACCAAAGCGAAAAUCCCUUCCUUUUCCUCUUCAUAAUCGCAUCGAUUGUAAGUUCGUGUUACGCCUACACUUGGGACAUUAAAAUGGAUUGGGGCCUUUUCGACAAAUCAGCGGGCGAAAAUAAAUUCCUCCGUGAAGAAAUCGUUUACUCUUCCACGUUCUUCUACUACUUUGCUAUCGUCGAAGACUUCAUUUUACGUUUCGCUUGGGCGAUUUCGUUCUACUUGACUGAAAAUGGCUACGUCAGUGGUGACAUUAUGACGUCCAUAUUAUCACCCUUGGAAGUCUUCCGAAGAUUCGUUUGGAAUUUCUUCCGAUUGGAAAAUGAACAUUUGAACAAUUGCGGUAAAUUCAGAGCCGUUCGUGAUAUCUCCGUUGCCCCCAUUGACUCCUCUGACCAAUCACAAAUAAUCAGGAUGAUGGAUGAGGAAGAUGGGGUUGCAAACAGGGGUAGGAAUAAAAAACAAGCAAAGAAGAAAGAAGAAAAGAGACCGUUGUUGCUUGAAGAAUCCAUCGCUAAUUUUAAAUCGAUUCCGUUGUCUACGAUGCAGGUCUAGGGCGGGAAAAAUGAAACUAGAAGUGAUAUAGAAGGACUCUUAGCCUUAGAGUACUUAUAGGUGGGAGCAGUAUUAUACACGGAUGAACCAUUCCCUUGUGAUCUUGUACAUGUGCUUAUUUUUACUACGAAAACGUUUUAAGUUGUUGUUAAACGAAAUUUUACAGGGAUUAAUUACUUAACUUGAUACCUUUAUACAAUAUUUAGCGAUAAUUAUGUACUGUACGCAAAUAAAUAUAUUUUAAAUAAAAUUGAUUUUUAUCA